AGGAUUACGGCCGUUGUUUCUUUUUUACGGACGACAAUUGCUGACCGUUUGAUACAUAGACAUUUUAUUUUCCGAACAAAUGCCCCUCAAAACCCAUAAAAGAAAAAAACUCCUCAAAACCCUUGUCAGAGGAAAGGAGCGGUGUAAUUUCACUUUUUCACGUCCACAGCAUACGACUCAGAAAUGGGAAAGAAGAAGAAGAAAGUCGAAAUAGAAUCCGAAGCUGAAGCAGAAGCCGAGUCCAAAUCAAACAUCCAUGAAAGCACCCAAAUAGAAAGCCAAACAAAUCUUAGUCUCCUCAACGGCGAUUCUCACAAGAAAAAGAAGAAGAAAAAAAUCAAAGCAGAGAAAGAAUUGAACAGUGAAGCAAAAGCCGACGAAAUUCCUACUGUAAGCAUUGCUAUCGCGGGUUCCAUCAUCGACAAUGCUCAAUCUCUGGAGCUCGCCACUCGAUUGGCAGGUCAAAUUGCUCGUGCUGCAACAAUUUUUCGAAUCGAUGAGGUAGUAGUAUUUGACAAUAAGAGUAGGCCGGGGAAUAGUGGUGCUUUUACUACACAAAAUAAUAAGUCAAAUGAAAAUGAAAGAGGAGCAGCUUUUCUUGUUAGGAUCUUGCAGUAUCUUGAGACGCCCCAAUAUCUAAGAAAAGCUCUUUUCCCUAAGCAUAAUACCCUAAGAUUUGUGGGAAUGUUACCUCCGCUUGAUGCCCCACAUCAUCUGCGCAAGCAUGAGUGGGCUCCUUAUCGGGAAGGUGUCACGCUUAAGGAAAGAGCUACAAGCUCUGUGGGAACUUUGGUUGAUGUAGGCUUAGAUAAGAAUGUUGUGGUUGAUCACGUACUUGAACCUGGAAUAAGAAUCACUGUUGCAAUGGGAACUAACCACAACUUGGAUUCUGAAUUACCAUGCCAAGUUGUCUCAUUUUCCAAGCCUAGGGAAGAAGCAGGAACAUAUUGGGGGUAUAAAGUGCGGUAUGCUUCCAAUAUUAGUUCAGUAUUCACCGAUUGCCCAUACAAGGGUGGGUAUGAUCACUUGAUUGGUACAUCAGAGCAUGGACUAAUUGUUAGUUCAUCACAGCUUAAAUUACCUGCUUUUAGGCAUUUAUUAAUAGCUUUUGGUGGACUUUCUGGGUUAGAAAAGAGUGUAGAAGAAGAUCUUAAGUUAAAGGGAAAAAAUGUCCGUGACAUAUUCAACUUGUAUUUGAACACGUGUCCUCAUCAAGGAAGUCGAACAAUUCGGACAGAGGAAGCACUCCUUAUAUCACUCCAAUAUUUCCAAGAACCAAUUACUCGAGCAUUGCAAGGAGCUGUGAGCUGCUGAUAACUUGGGACUCCCAAACGCAUCGAACAAUCAAGUUUUUUCAUUGUGCCCUGAUCGAAGAAAGCUUCGUCUAGGUGGACGUUUUCCAGAUUUUGAGGCUGGUUGCUGCAUGCUCAUGCUCUGAAAUGUAUGGGGGCAAAAAUGCCUAUGCAUUUUUCUAUAGCCACUUUGUUUUUCUUCAAGUUCAUCAAGUUAUUAGGCUUUUCUCCUUUCCAAUCAGGGCCCUUAUUUGGGAUGCCUGUCUAUCUUGCCAAUUGUUUUAGACUUAUAAAUGUAAACUUUAAUCUAUACCAUACUAUUAAUUUGGGGUUUAGGGGGUCUAAUUAGCCAUUUCGAAAUUCAACUGUCGUAAUUUGCUGUCGUCAAUUUUGGCAAUUUGGGUUUAAU